AUGAAGUUUUAAGUAAUCCUGAUAUUGACGAUGAAGAAGAUGACGAAUUUGAUCGCCAUUUUGGCGAUAAUCUAUUUUCGAAUGACAUAAGCUCUAAGAUAGAGAAAAUAAAUAAUAAACAAUGGAAUAUUUCCAACUACAAAGAUCCAAUAUUGAAAUUGGUAUCAGAAUAUUCAACAGAACAAAUUUCAGAAGUGAAGGAAAAUAUUGUUGGAAAUUCGGAGCUAAAUUUGAGUUCUCUAAAGAUCAAGGAGAAAUUGCUUUGUUCUUGGAAAAAAUUGAAUGAAAGUAACGAUUCAGUUUUCACGGAAUUGCAAACCGGCCUCUUUCAUCAUUUUAAUAAAUAUCGCGACGUCUUAUUCACCAAUCGAUCCGUGGAAAAUUCAAAGGAAAUACGACAAAUCUAUGCCUUACAUGCUUUAAAUCAUGUUUUUAAGAAUCGUGUAUUAAAGAAUAAUGCUAAAAUUACUCGCGCGCAUUCCGUUGGCAAAGAUAUUGAGCAAGUAGUUUUAUUUAUAGAAUUUCGUGAUCAAGGUUUCACGCGACCUAAAGUUUUGAUUCUACUACCAUUCCGUAAUUCUGCUCUUAAUUUAGCAGAAAUAAUCAUAAAAUUAUCUGGAACUGAACAACAGGAGAAUCGCAAGCGAUUUUUCGAAUCUUACGGUAUUUCUCCUGGUGAAGAAAAGAUUGACCUAAACAAGCCAGCGGAUUUUUUAGAAACUUUCAAGGGCAAUAUUGAUGAUAUGUUUCGAAUUGGCAUUAAGCUCACACGAAAGUCAAUAAAAUUUUAUGCUGAAUUUUACAACGCAGACAUUAUUCUUGCCUCGCCGUUGGGAUUACGAAUGAUUAUUGGAAAUGAAGGAGACAAAAAACAUGACUUCGACUUUCUUUCUUCCAUUGAAAUAUUAAUAAUUGAUCAAUGUGAAAUAUUUCUCAUGCAAAAUUGGGAUCAUAUUGGGUAUAUAUUCAAUCAUCUGAAUUUAAUCCCCAAAAAAUCUCAUAACUGUGACUUUUCGCGCGUAAAGAAUUGGUAUCUUGACGGCAA